UAAGCUAAGCUAACUAGUUAGCUAACUGAAAAUAGAAUAAAGUCUACCCACAAUGCUUUGCGCCUAACCGUACUCUACAGCUGCUGAAAAGCUCGAGCGGUCCCUGUGCUUAAACAAAGCUUAAAGCUGACUUUAUAAAGAUGAUUAUAAAUAGCUCUUCUUCCUGAGGAACCAGCGAGGUGAUGAUCAUCAUGGUUUCAGAUGAAUAACUCAGAGUUACCCUGAUCUUGUUCUCAUGAGGAUGUCCUUAGAAAGUCUCUAACAACCAAAUGGAUGCAUUUUUGGGAACUCUUCGGGAUCAUGAUGUCAGCUCUGUCCUGACAUCGUGUGAGCCUGAACUCCAGGAGCUCAUGAGGCAGAUUGACAUCAUGGUUAAUCACAAGCGCAGUGAGUGGGAGGCAGAGGUACGAGCCUUGGAGCUGCAGCUGCGUAAUGGUCAGGAAGAGCUCCAGACGGCCAAGGGCCUGCUGGACAAGAGGAACUUGGAGGUCCAAGUGCUUGGCAAGCAACUGGAUGAGAUGCAGGCUGGGAAACAGGAACUGGUCACAAAGUAUGAAGGGCAGCUGCAGCAUGUGAAAGAGGAGUUGUCCAAGUUGAAGCGCAGCUAUGAGAAACUUCAGCGCAAGCAACUGAAGGAGGCACGAGAAGGAGCUCGAAGCCGAGAGGAAGACAAGAGUGAAGUUCUGCACCUGAACAGAAAACUGGAGGAGUUCCGUCAGCGCUCACUGGAGUGGGAGCAGCAGCGGUUGCUGUAUCAGAGGCAGGUCACUUCAUUAGAGGCCCAGAGGAAGACCCUCGCAGAGCAGUUCACUCAAAUACAGACUCAGAGUCAGGGUGCGACACGACUGCAGGAGCAGGGGGAAAUGCAGCGGUUGCGGGCACAGCUGCAGCGGGCACAAGACUCCUUACAUGCACAAGAGCUGGAGCUAGAGAGAUUACGGCUGCUGCAGCACGAACUAGGAGACUCUCGAAGAGAACAGCAGGUCAGCUGCAGUGCUGCAGCUCAUGCUUCAUGCCAGGUACUGAGUGAGGAACGGGAGGAGUUGAGAGCUACACUGGAUGCUCAGGAUCAAUUUGUCAGGAGCUCAGAGCUGCAGCAACAGCAGCUGCACAAUGAGGUGGCUCACCUCAACCAGGCGCUGCAGGCCAAGGAACAUGUCAUCAGAUCUCUGGAAGAGUGUCUGACCUCUCGUUCUCCAGGUCUGGCGUCUAUCAGACAGGAACUGGAGGAAGUCAUCACAAGGCUUCACUGUUCUCAAACCUGUGAAGCACACCUGAAAACUGAGGUCACCCGACUCAGAGAAAAGCUUGAAAGUGUUCGGAGACAGAAAGCAGAAGCAAGUAAAAGAGAGCAGGAAUGGAGAAAGCUGGAAGAGGAGCAUGCUCACUCUGUGACUGAGAUCAAACGGCUACGUGAGGAGCUCCAGCAGGCUGAGCAGACUCGCUGUGCUGAGGUAGAGGCAAUGAGGAAAGAGGUGUCGCAGCUCACGAGUGAACUGCACCAGCAUGACAUAACCAUUGCUACGCUUACAGGAUCCACCUCCAGCGUAGAGCGCCAGUUGCGGGCUGAGGUGGAACGGGGAGAACGGCGAGCAGCAGAACUAAAGAUGACACAAGUACAGCUGGAAACCCUAAAGCUGGAGAAUCAGCACCUGAAUGACCUGCUGGAGAGGGUUGAGUCACGGUCCCCAAAGAGGACAGAUGGGAAGCUGGUGAGUUUGAGGGACAGCUAUGUGUGCUCACUGAACAGUCUGGAGCAAGAGAAUCAGCAGCUUAGGCAGGAUCUGGCAGAGGUUCGUGCCCGUAUGGAGACCAGCAACCAGACCUGGCAGGACAAGUACGAGAGAGCACUGCUGCAGAACCACAGCAGGAAUUCACACACUCAUGACAGGUGUGAGGAGGAGAUGAAGGCCAUGAAGAGUCGUUUGCAGGAGAGCUCCUCGCACUAUGAGCUUCAGAUCCAGACACUUCUCAAGCAACUGGAGGACCUGUCAUCUUCCUCCUCCCCCCACCGACCCGAUGGCCAAUCACAGGAGAGCAGACCUGCCAUCUCACCAACACCCUCAGCUUCCUCUUCCAUAUCCUCUUCUUCCUCAGCCAGUAAAACACAGAAGAUAGUGGCUCUGCUGAGCGCUGCAGCUGAAGAGGAGAGAGCUCAGGGCUCGGACUCUGCUGGAGACCCACUGCCUUUGGAGCAUUGUGCAGGCUCUCCAGCAGGCUCUGUGACUGCUCGUUUUGUGGAAGAAGAGAGACAGCGUUCUCAGGAGUUGCUGCAGCAACUGGACCACCACAUCCAUAGCAUGAGGCAGGAGAAUGCCAAGACUGUCCGCAAAUACCUGGCCAAAGACAGCAGCCCCAGCAACCAACACUGAUCACCCCCCUCACACACACACAAACACACACACACACAAAGGGCCUUUUAAGAUUUAGCUAAGGGAUUUGUAUUUAAUGUCAUGAAGAUGAAAAUUAUUGUCAGUAAAUGUGAUUAAUGCCAAACAAAAAAAAAAGGAGGAAAAACAGCCAAAUCGAUUGGGACUGUUUUUUGACUGCUGGAUGUUCGGUAACCUGUGCAGUCACACACAUACACACACACCACUGAAGCUUACAAUACCUCUGAAACUAUUGCACUAGUAAUUGACCUGGACGUGGACCUCCAUUAUGGCCUUUAACCUCUGACCACAGAUUUACCAGGUUUUGUUUCCUGACCGUAGUCCUCUUAUUAUGUAGCACUUUAGAAUGAUGUUUUUCUGUGCCUUUCCCCUCUUUGCUCACUUUUGAUCUUUUUCUCUUUCUCUCUUUGUUUAAUACAUUAUAUAUUUAUGUGUUUGAUUGACAAAUUGAUAAAUAUUUUUUUUUUAUUUGUGAUGUAGUGAAGAGCGACAGAAUUAAAUGAGCUUGUUUUGACAGUGUG